UCACGAGUAUAACCACCCUUUAGUAUUUUUAUUGAUAUUUUUUUAAAUACUUAUUUUUUAUUCAGUGUAUAAAUGUAUUAUCUAAAGGACUCACUACUCAAGGUUCUGUACUGAUACUGCAUUUGCCUUCUUCAGUUCGCCAUGGCGACCGUGGUCAUGGAGCAGAUCGGUCGCCUGUUCAUCAAUGCUCAACAGUUGCGUCAGAUCCCUCAGCUGCUUGAAUCAGCUUUCCCCACUUUGCCCUGCACCGUGAAGGCCCACAACGUGCCCUGGGUGUUCCGUGAGCCUCACAUCAUUGGAGGCUACAGGCAGCCCGACCAAAGCUGGCGCUACUACUUCCUCACUCUAUUCCAGAGGCACAAUGAGGCCCUCAACGUGUGGACCCACCUGCUGGCCGCCCUCAUCAUCCUGGUCAAGUGUCAGGAGCUGUCCGAGACAGUGGAUUUCCUCCGUGACCCCCAUGCCCAGCCCCUGUUCAUUGUCCUCCUAUCUGCCUUCACCUACCUUUCUUGCAGCGCCCUGGCCCACCUGCUCAAUGCCAAAUCUGAGCUGUCCCACUACACUUUCUACUUCCUGGACUACGUGGGCGUGGCCAUCUACCAAUAUGGCAGUGCCCUGGCCCACUUCUACUACGCCAUUGAGGAAAGCUGGCAUGCCCGGGUGCGAGGGAUCUUCCUGCCGGCUGCUGCCUUCCUGGCCUGGUUCUCAUGCUUUGGCUGCUGCUACGGCAAGUAUGCCAGCCCGAGGCUGCCCAAGUUUGCGCACAAGCUGUUCCAGGUUGUGCCUUCAGGUCUGGCCUAUUGUUUAGACAUCAGUCCUGUGCUCCAUCGAAUCUACAGCUGCCACCAGCAGGAGGAGGGAUGUACUAACCAGGCUGUGGCCUACCACCGCUACCAAGUGCUGUUCUUCCUGGUGAGUGCCUACUUCUUUGCCUGCCCCCACCCAGAGCGCUGGCUUCCGGGGAGAUGUGACUUCAUUGGCCAAGGCCAUCAGAUAUUUCACGUGUUCCUGGUGCUGUGCACCCUGGUGCAGAUAGAAGCAACGCGCAUUGACUACAUCGAGCGGAGGCCUCUUUACGAGCGUCUCCAUGGCGACCUGGCCCACGACGCAGUGGCACUGUUCGUUUUCACUGCGUGCUGCAGCGCACUCACUGCCUUCUAUGUGCGUAAAUGUGUGCAGGCGCAAAUGCGUGUGAAAGACGAGUAGGAGCCGACAUGAAGGAUAUAAGAGGAUGAGCGUGGAAGAAUUUGAUUCUGAUUUACACUGGGAAACUAUAAGGACCAUAGGCUGAAGGAUUUUGUAAAAAGAUUCCAGUAUGCGAGCACAGUGACAAGCGUUUUAUUUAAAACAUUUUGUUGUUCUUUUAUGCCCUGCCAAAUUACAUUAUGAACAGGGAAAAUGUACAUGGUCUUACAAAGUUGACCUCUUAGUUAUAGUCCUGUUAUUUCAUAUAUGUCACAGUACAGGUAGUAUACAUGACUCUCCAAAUGUUGUCUUUGCACUUCACAGAUGAGAUCAGGAAAAUGUACCUUUACUGAUUUUCCUCUCAAUAUUCCUUUCUCCACAGUGAGAACACACGUUAUGGCCAUCUACUGAAGUCUGAAUGACUAUUUGACUACUUUACUGCGUUAUCAACACAAAGCAUGAAAUCUCAAUAGAGGUAUGCAGGAAAGAAAGAAAACUACAAUAACCAAGCUUUUAUUUUUUAAGUACAUGUUAGGUUUUAGUGCAACAUGACUACCCAAACUGUAUUUAGUGCCUGGACACGCCCAGUAUUUUAGAAUUCUGUGGUUGUUCCAUGAUGGCAGUGAGCUGCAAUCAAAUAUUUUUUUUGCGUCUGGCGAAUAAUGUGUGCCCUCCUCUGUUUUAUUUAUUUAUCAAUAACUUAUUGAAUCAAUUGAAUUUAACUUAUUUCAUUUAUUUAUCUUUAACUUAUUUCUCUCCAUAAUUUUCUAAGUGAUUUUGGUAGUACAUACUGGCAAGUAAGACUAGACAAAAGAAACACAGAGAACACGUAUGCAAACCAAACUGAUCUUCUAUAACCUACUGUAUUGAGAUAGGUAAAUUGGCCAUUUUAGUAAUAUGCGGUUUGAUCAUGCCAAAGAAUGACAUUGGCACUCCUAUAAUAUUUGGCGAAAGAUAACAAUGACAUUACGUGUCCUAAGAUGUCGCUGUCAUUGUGGGGUGAUCUUUAACCUAGCUGUUUCAGCAUCUGACCAGUUACUGAAAUGUUGCCAGAUCAAAUCCCUGUAAGGUGAAAAAUCUGUGGUAGGUAUAAGAAAUUAUGUUACUUAUAUUCAGUGGAACUUCAGCUUCUGCCUUUUCAUACUCCAUGAUGUUAAUACCUUUUUGUGUAUUGUUCAGUCUUUUUCAUGGACUAAACUUUAUUCACAAGUGGGCUGUCUGAGUACUGAAAAUAUGGUAUUUGUAUAUUUGUAAAUGUAUGGUUGUGUAUGAACAGUACGUGCCUUGAAGCAUGUCUCUUUGACUGUGUGUGAUUCAUAUGUGAAUGUGUUUUAUAGCCUGGCUUUGCACUGCUUAGUUAUAUUCAUUACCUCCCACAAGAACAAUGUUCUUCUUAAAAAAGUAAAAAAAAAAUAUUACAAUAAUAAUCUGAGCCUAAAGUACAGUUGGAAAUUUUCCCUAAAGAUGCAGUCCAUGACUUUUGUGAAUAACACUUUUUAACCUCCAAUUUUGGCCUGAAUGUGUUAUAUGUUGUUUUUAUGUGCAUAAUAUAUUGUAGAAUCACUACCAUAUCUCAGUUAGCCAUGUUAUUGUAAGUUUAAUGACAGUGGUUUUGAUGACAUUUUGGCAUACACAAUUUUUGUGGUCCCAUUUGUGGCUCACUUUUGCAACUAGUGACCAAAAAUGUCAAUAGUGACAUUUAUAGUGUGAUUUUAAGUCAGCUUUUAAAAUCGUCAGCAUAGUGUCCUGCAUCCGACUGCAGGGUAGUCAUACUCAUUCCGCUGAUGGUGUGGUGUUGAAAAGCCAGUUGCUGACACUCUUCUUUCUUGUCUAAAGAUCAAAUACCAAUAGCCCAUGGCAAUGAAAUUGCCUUGUGAAGGGUGCUGUCUUUCAGAUGGGAUGUUAAGCUGUGUCCUGACUUUUUGUGGUCACUAAUUAUUUGUAUGUUGACCCUAAAUUUCAAAUCACGCUGUCUUACCAUAUCUAUUCUCCCUUCUCUCCCUUUGACUAAAAAAUUGUUAUGUUCUAUACUGAAUAAUAUGAUAAGUACAUCACUGUGAAUAAGAGAGUCAUUAAAUGGCAUAUUAAUUAGAAAUCUCACUAUUAUGGGAAAUUUCCACCUGAAAUUUUGGCCAAAGAUUUUCUCUGAGAAAAUUUACUAAAUUACUCACAAUACAGCAGGGUUUAUGUUGAAUGCACAUUUUUAUGAUACCCAUGAAAUUGGUGAUAAUUUAUGCAACAACUAAGAGGUACACUACCGUUCUAAGGUUUGGGGUCACUUAGAAAUGUCCAUAUUUUCUAAAGAAAAGCAAUUUUUU